UAUGUCAGGUACGUCGUGACGUCACCAGCCCUUUGCAUGAAUCAAAACAUGGCGGCUGCCAUGGAGCUGAGAUGCUGGGGAGGAGACUGGGGUUUGCCUUCUGUCCACACCGAGUCCCUCAUAGUUCUGGCAUACACAAAGUUUGCUGGGGCAAAAGUCACAGUUUCUCCCGUCGACUGGACAUGGAAAACUCUAACAGCCACUGUCCCAGAGUUGCUUUGUGGAGACUCUGCAGUUCAAGAACCUACACCGAUUGUCAACUUCUUGAGAAAACAGAGGUUUAAUGCAGACUUUGAGCUGUCAGCAAGACAAGGAGCAGACACCAUGGCAUACAUUGCUCUGCUUGAAGAGAAACUACGACCAGCUCUUUUGCACACUUUCUGGGUUGACGCAGAAAACUAUGCCAAUCUGACACGGCCGUGGUUUGCUUCACGCUCGCCGUUCCCUCUCAACUUUCUCGUCCCUCCUCGCCAUGCCAACAUCGCCCUCUCCCGCAUCCUUCUGACCAAAGGAGAGGCGCCGCUACACAGAAUCACUGAGGUGGAGGGAAAGAUCUACAGCGAUGCUAAAGAGUGCCUGAAUCUCCUCUCCUACAGACUGGGAACAGAAAACUACUUCUUUGGCAACUCGCCGACAAGUCUGGACGCCUUUGUGUUUGGUUUUGUGGCUCCACUUUAUAAAGCUGGACUCCCCAGCAGCCCUCUGCAGAGCCACCUCAGACAGCUGGAUAAUGUCACACGCUUUUGUGACAACAUCCUCGCAGUCUACUUCAGCUCGGACCAUCCUUGUCCUCCCCCACUUGUUCAGGAAACAAUGGAUGCCAACCUCCAGAAACUAACACAGCUUGUAAAUAAAGAGUCCAACUUGAUAGAGAAGAUGGAUGACAACCUUCGCAGCAGCCCUCAGCACAAACCCCACAGACCAGACCCCAAACCCAGUCUGGCCAGUGAGAAGAGCUCAACUCCUGCUUGACCCCUAACCUGUCAACCCUGAUCCAGCCUUAGAGAUGGAGGAAGAACAGCCUGUAGAUGAAAGGUGCAGUUCUGAAUCUGACUCACCAUCCUGAUUUUUAAAAAAAAUUGUCAUCCAGCUGAACUAUAACUUGAGCGGCAAAUAACGAAUGGAAGAAUGGCUAUGUAAUUAUAAAAGAGACUAUUUUAAAGCAAGAUAAUGCUGAUGGAUUUCAAAGAUGUCACUUUGAAAGCGAAGGAAAAGUGCAUGUGUGAGGUUUUUUAAAAAGGUUGAGCGCAUGUAUGUGGUUAAGGAUGGAAUGCUAUGAAGUGGAGUGCAAUGAGAAAGACACAGAAAGUUCAGAGGGAAAACAGAAUGAAAUGAAAGUCCAGCGGGGAAAGAAGUGACACUGUUUGAUCUUUGAGCGGGCCACUAACACUUUCUCACUUUCUGUGAGAAAGUGUUUGAAUUCAAUUUUCCAUCUUUCAUCCGCAGUUACUUGGAAAAUGUCAUAUUGAUAUUGAAAUAACUCAACUUGCUAGUCUCCAGUUUAUAAAUCUAUUUUAUCAUAGAGGAUUUCAGAUCCUUCCUUCCUCACAUCAUUGUAAAAAAAUAGAUAAACUCUAAUAACAUUUGAAUUCAUGUAAUGUACAGUAUGUAUGUAAUCAUGACUACAAGAAUAACCAGUUGCUUAUUUUAUUUUGCUCUGACCACUGCUUUGUAUAGCUGUAAAUAGUUUCAUCAUUGCAAACAAUGAAGUUUUAUCUGGUGGUUUCCUCUUAUAGGGCUUAUUCACAAUCGAUACACUGAGGUAAUGGAAGGAAAGGCCUUACACACUCUAUUAACUUAUUCAUGCAAAGUAUGUGGGACUACUGUGUGUUUGUGCGUGUUUCCCCAAGGACUAUCAGAAACUGGUGUGUCUUUUGUUCAUGACAUUCUCUGACAUUAACAGUCCACUCACUUCUGUUGUUUGCCUGUGGUUUUAAUGAACCAUUUUUUGUACAACAUUAACUUUGUUUUGAUUUUGAUCUGCUGUGUUAUGAUUUGCUGUGCCUAUUUAAAUGUCACCUUGUUAAAAAUAAGUGUCUGUCCCAUUUGGGAAUGUCUCAUUAGCUGCCUUUUUUUUGUGCUCUAUUUCUGCUGUCUGGAUUUCUAAAACUGAAAUUGGACUUUGAAAUGAGUUGCCACCAAUUUUGUUUUGUACCGUCAUGUUCUCUAAUAUCCUCACAGCUCACAUGUUUCUGCACUGUGUCUCAGUGUGAUUCAUUCUCUCUAUGUCUGAGUCUAAAAGUAUUUUUAUUUGAAAAGAUACUUGGACUCUUGCAACUUCCAAAAAAAAAAACACUAUAAAGCAUCACGUCCUGAAACAAAUGUGUUCAUUGAGGUGUGUGUGUGCUGCCAGUUACAUGUUGAGGACCAUAUGGGUGCGGUGUGCCUUCCUGACUGCUGGUGUCUUUGCACAAUUGUCAAAAUGAUUACAGUCUCCUUCAUAAUUUUGAUACAUUGUCAUAAAUUACCUUUUGUCAUUUGUGUUAAAGUUCAUUUUCUGGGGGUGGUUGGUAACAACUGUCUUCAUAUUAUUGAAAUACAAAUAUAAUAAUCUAACCACGA